AUGCAGCCACCUAAAAUUCAUUUUUAUGAUACUUUACUGGUAAUCUAUUAGAUAUAUAGCAUGAAGAUGGGUUAUAUUGGAGGAGGGUAUGUGUUAUUAUAUUAAUAGUUCAUUAUAGAACAUAUAAUAUAUAUUAUAAUGGUUAUUGUUAUAAUCAUGAUUAAUAAGAUAAAAAUGGUUAAUCAAUAGCAUUUUCAUUUACAACUAAUGAUAUAAUAAUAGUUGAAGUGGAUAUCCAAAAGAAGUAUGUGAAAUGGACAAAGUAAUCCACAAAUCAAUCAUUUGUAUCAAUUUCAAUUUUUAUUAUUAGACUCUAUCUAUUGAUACAUCCAAAGAUUUGUAUCCAUGUCUACAUUUGUUUGGUAGAUCUAAAGUAGAAAUAUUAAAUUAAGUGUUCAAAUGA